AUGACUGUUUUCUCUUUCUACAUUUUUGAUAGGCAUACCGAGUGUAUAUACAGCAAACGAUGGGCUCAGAGGCCUGUAUCUCAAAGUGUCAAGUCAGCCCAACGUCAAUCAGGAGCAAGUGCCAUCAGCAAUGGCGACGUGCCGGGCGUAAAUCCGAGAGCUCUGUCGAAUGAGGAUGACGCAAAACUGAUAUUUGGUUCAAUCUUCUCUCUUCGUCGCAUGGUGCGUCAACUGGGCGGUGAAGACGACAGUUUUCUUUCAUAUCGUACCGGGGAAUACAAGUUGCAUUACUUUGAGACGGCGACAAAUCUCAAGUUCGUCAUGCUGACAGACAUACGCAUAGGGAGCAUGCGUACUGUGCUCUACCAAAUAUGGGCCAAUCUCUACGUCGAGUAUGUCGUCAAGAAUCCCAUCUCACCUGUAGAACACACCGGCGGAGUGGGAGUUGCCAACGAACUUUUCGAAGGCGCUCUGGAAAGCUUCAUUAACACUGUCUUCCCUCCUUCCUGA